CUGCAGGUUAGUUUACCUCUCCGUACCAGUCCCACCGGUCAGCAGUCCACCUUCCUGGUCUUCGGUCUUCACACAAAGCAUGUUAAUGAUGCUGUAGCAAAGAUGAAGAAUCUGUACGAGGCUCACUGCUCCACAAAAACCUUCACAAAGGACGACCUGGCAGAUCUCACGCAGGGUGAUAUGAAGGACUUGAAGAAGCUUGCAGAGACAGAGGGUCUGUACGUGCAGGAGAACCCGCUCAGCCACGGUGGCCUGCUGGUGAGUGGACUAAAAGCUGGGGUCAACCAGGUGGAGCAGAUGCUCCACAGUAUCACUCCCCUUAGGAGAGAGAUGAGGUUCAAGGAAGAGGAAAAUCUCUACCCUCGAGUGGCCUGGUGUAUCCUGGGACGUAGCGGCAAGUGGAAAAGACUUCCCAAAACAGCCAAUUAUAAUCUGGAAAAACGUAAUAUCGCAAAAGGCAUUGUGGACGCGCAGGGUAACAUGUGGAGUGUAAAUUUACUGAGAAUGGAGGCCACAUGUCACAGACUGACAAAGCUGAAACGGCUUGAAAAUCUGGAAGACUUCACUUUCCCUCUGUACUGGGACGCUAUGACCCCUGCUGAAGAUCUGAAACAGGUUUUGGUGGACCCCUCCUCUGCAGAGUACCGCACUGUACUAGAGGCCUUCAGGAAAACAGUUACUAAGACUGUUGUGAAGAUUGAGCGCUUGCAGAAUGUUCAUCUACGUCGUGUGUAUGAACUGCAGAAAAAGCACAUGUCUGAAAAGAACAAGCCAGAAGGGGGUGCAGGUGAAAGGCUUCUUUAUCACGGGACGAGUCAGGACACCUACAAUUCAAUCAAAACAAAAGGCUUCAACAGGAGUUUCUCUGGCAAAAAUGCAACCGUCUAUGGUCUUGGAACCUACUUUGCUGUAAACGCCAGCUCCUCAGCUCAUCGCAGCUACUCCAUGACAGCUAAUGAUGGCACUCAAGCUAUGUUUGUGGCUCGAGUUCUCACUGGCGUCUACACUCCGGGCACCAGCAACAUGAGGGUGCCUCCGCCUCGCAACGUCCAGCAGCCUGACGAUCGCUAUGACAGCCUGGUGGAUAGAAUGGAGAACCCCAGCUUGUUCGUCGUGUUCCACGAUGACCAAGCCUACCCAGAUUACCUCAUUACAUUUUGUUAACACUCCAUUAGAGUGAACCUUAAAAGAAAUCAUCAUUAAUAUGGUUAUCGUUUGUACACGACUCACAUCCAGCUGUUCUGUUAAAUUUAUGGAUAUAGAUGUGUUCCUCAAAAUAUUAUGUUGAAUGAAAA